AUGUUGAAGUUCGCGACCUUCACCUCAGACAUCGAACUGCCCUUCUACACGUCUCUCGCUUCUCAUAAGAUCAAUCAUGAUAAGCUCGACGACUCGGCUAGAAGGCUUCUUGGACUAUAUGAGAUUAGAUCGAGCGAUUCGCCAGAGGCUUCAUGUCGCCUGCAGAUUCAUGGCAACGCGCUAACGAGUGAUGCUGUCCCGGCGGGCUUUUGUCGAGCUGAAGGCAUGAUCAAAAAUUUCAACACAAUCGAAGAUUAUAGAAGUCUAGACAAGGGAGCGGUAUUAUCGCAGGCAGCUUGCACCAUCUGGGAUGCGAUUAAUGAUGGCACGAUAUACUCAUGCCCUUCGCUACUCGCCUCCUUCACUGCGAUCUGCUUUGCAGACCUCAAGAAAUACAAGUUCACCUACCUCUUCGCUUUUCCAGCUCUCCACUCAGACUCCCCUUGGAGACUAGUACCCAAUGUGGGAUCGCGUCUGGGAUUGGAUGAAGGUAGUCAUGGAGAAGGCGAUGCGAUUAUUCACAUGACAGGUGAAGAGACGGCAGCACUAGUGGACUCCGUACAGACCUGGCGAUAUAGAGUUGAUGCGCGGCAGCACGGCUUCUUUCUUGCCAAGAAACGACGGCCAAGCUCGUUCGUCGGGUACACUCGUAAAGGUGAAGCAACUGAAGAUGGUAGUGGCCUGGACGAUGAGACUGGUUAUAGGCCAACAACCCCUGGGACACCCGGGGACAAACUGGGAUUCACUUGGGCUGUCGGGUCGCUGAUAGAUUAUGAGCGCGAGUUCUUUGAAGACAUACCCGAAGAGGAUCGAUUCGUCGGUUUCACGGAUCCCUCUACGUACCCAACGUAUCCGGGCUGGAUGCUACGAAAUCUACUGAUUCUAAUACGCAGGCGAUGGAAGACGGACAGGGUCCAGAUCAUAUGUUAUAGAGAUGUCCAAGCGCGCCGGGACGAAGCAAAAAGUAUCAUACUUCCAUUGGUGCUGGAAGCCAGUGAUGCAUCUACCUCAUCCGCUCAGAACUCUUCACUUUCAGACAAGAUGCCAAAAGUAACAGGCUGGGAGCGUAACAGCGCAGGUAAAGUGAUGAGUCGGAUUGCAAAUCUAGGGGAAUACAUGGACCCUCAAAGAUUGGCCGAUCAAGCUGUUGAUCUGAACUUAAAGCUUAUCAAAUGGCGCAUUGCACCGGGGCUGGACCUGGACAAAAUCAAAGACACGAAAUGUUUACUUCUAGGGGCAGGGACAUUGGGCAGCUAUGUUGCGCGCAAUCUUAUGGGUUGGGGCGUUCGAAAGAUCACUUUCGUUGAUAAUGGUUCCGUGUCAUUCUCCAACCCUGUUCGCCAACCGCUCUUUGAUUUCGAGGAUUGUCUUGGUGGCGGAGCAAAAAAGGCAGUCCGAGCAUCACAAGCGCUGAAGGAGAUAUACCCCGGGGUCGAUUCGAGCGGCUACGUGAUGUCAGUUCCUAUGGCGGGCCACCCUAUCAUGGACGAAGCGGUUGUCAAGUCAGAGUUUGAGACCUUACAGCAGCUCAUCGAAGAACAUGACGCCAUCUUUUUGCUCAUGGACACCCGUGAAAGUCGAUGGCUGCCGACGGUUAUGGGCAAAGCAGCAAAUAAAAUAGUCAUGAACGCGGCGUUGGGUUUCGACUCCUUCGUUGUCAUGCGGCAUGGUAUGAGCAGCUCCAGCCCGGGGCAAGAGUUGGGUUGUUACUUCUGUAAUGAUGUUGUAGCUCCGGCAGAUUCGGUGACAGAUCGAACUCUUGACCAGCAGUGCACAGUUACCCGUCCCGGGAUUGCAGCGAUAGCUUCUGCAAUGCUCGUCGAGAUCCUUGUGUCCUUAAUACAACAUCCAUUAGGAGCCUCCGCUCCAGCGUCAUCCGAUACAACGGAGGACCGUGGAGAUCAUCCUCUAGGUCUCGUGCCUCAUCAGAUUCGUGGCUAUCUAUCAAAUUUCCAGAACAUCAUGAUAAAGGGCAAAAGCUACGACUGCUGCAGCGCUUGCUCGGACAACAUCACUGGGGCUUUCAAAUCUGAGGGUUGGCAAUUUGUAAGGAAAGCACUCAAUGAGAAAGGCUUCGUCGAGGAUCUCAGCGGAUUAGCAGAGGUCCAGCGAUCAGCAGAGAAAGCACUGGCCGAGAUGGAAUGGAGCGACGAAGGAGAGAACGAGGAAGGUGAAGGCGAGAUAAUCUGA